AUGGUGGCGACGAGAGCAAAAACAAAGAUGGAGAAGAAACUUCUACCAGUCACUGUGCUCUCGGGCUUCCUGGGUAGUGGCAAAACAACACUUCUCAAGCAUAUCCUCCAGUCAAACACACAUGGGCUCAAGAUUGCCAUCAUCGUCAAUGACAUGGCUGAAGUGAACAUUGACGGUGCUCACGUUGCUCGCCUCUCGGGAAAGGAAGACAAAGGCAACCUCGUCCAGAUGCAGAAUGGCUGCAUCUGCUGCACCCUCCGUGGAGACUUCUUGGUCGAACUGGCCAACAUGGCAUGGGGCGGUCAGUUCGACUACGUCCUUAUCGAGAGCAGCGGCAUCAGUGAACCGCAACAGGUUGCCGAAACAUUCACAGCCGCACUCAGUGCAGAAAUGCUCGACAUCCCAGAGGAAAUUGAACUUGAAGACAGAGAAGUCAUUGAGAAGGUUGCCAAAGCCGGUGGGCUCGAAAAGGUCGCCCGCAUCGACACGAUGGUCACCGUCAUAGACGCCUUCCGCUUCUUCGCCGAAUUCAACACGGCAGACUUCCUGACGGACCGUUACGCGCGCGACGGCAACGCAGAGCAGGUGCCGGCCGAGGACGAGCGAACCGUGUCGGACCUGAUGGCCGACCAGAUCGAGUUCGCCAACGUCGUCGUCGUCAACAAGACGGACAUGGUGGACCGGGCGACACGCGAGCGCAUUCGGGGCUGCGUCAAGGCACUCAAUCCGAAGGCGAAGGUCAUCGAGACACGGCAUGCGCAGGUGGACGCCAAGGAGAUUGUCGGCAGCGGCGCGUUCAAUCUCGAGGAGGCGCAGAUGAUGAGUGGCUGGCUGGCCAGUCUGCAGGAGAUGUUCGUCAUGGAUGUCAAUGGCAAGAAGAAGAUGGCGCCGAAGCCCGAAACACUUGAAUACGGUAUCAAUAGCUUUGUCUACCGGGCACGUAAGCCCUUCGACCCGAUGAAGCUGUACAAGCAGCUCGCUGGCAGAUUCGUUCUCAUCCAGCCCGAUCCGGAAGACGAGGAAGAAGAAGACUCGGAUAUGGAAGACGUCGUAUCUGAGAAGGGCAGCUCCAACGCCGUCGGCACUGACGACGACGAAGCCAUGCCUGACGCCCCAUCCUCCCGCGAGACACGCCAGCAACAUAUGAUGUCCAAGCGCAAGGAUUCCAAAGGCGAAGAUCUCGUCGAGCAAGAAGAGGACUAUGAGGAAGAAGACCCCUUCUUCAAGUCUUUACCCACCGACCCGGCUACCAUUGUUGCCGCUAAGGCCGCCGACCCGAUCUGGGCUAAGAUGCACCGUUCUAAGGGCUGGCUGUGGUUCGCUACGAGACCCCAACAAGCGGGGUCUUGGAACACUGCGGGUGCGAUGCUGCGCGUUGAGUACGAGCAAGACUGGUAUUGCGAGCUUCCGGAAGAAGAGUGGGCGCCAGAUGAAGAAGUGGCGGCCGCGAUUCGGAAGGACUUCGUGGGCGAGUGGGGUGAUAGGAGGCAGGAGAUCGUGUUCAUCGGAGAGAGUCUGGACGAGACGAAGAUCACUGCGAUAUUGGACUCUUGCCUCUUGACCGACAAAGAGUUCAAGAAGUGGGAGAAGCUGAUGCGCAGGAAAAAUGUGGACUUGGAGAGGAAGGAGGAGAAGCUGAACGAAUGGUGGGACGACUCGUACUGGGCAGAAUGGACGGUGGGCGGGGAACACGAGCACGAUGGGGAAGACGGCCAUCACCAUCAUCACGGUCAUAAGCAUUAG